AGAAAUAUGGGAACGCCGUGAAUUUACACAACUGAAAAAUAUCCAGCAUUAUGAUCAAUAACGCUUUAUUAUUCAGCCAAUAUCCCCUCUACAUAUAAACCACGUACAGUUAAGACGGAGCACAGUCUUCGAGAAACAUCGACUGAAGUAACUAUGUCAAAAAUCUUAGUGAUACUUCUCCUCGCAAUCGUGGCCUCCAUGGUCCAUGCCCGUGCGUCUAACCUCAACCUGGAAGAGCUGCGAGAAGCACAAGCCCAAUGUAUCGCUGAUAUAAAUUCUGUAAUGAAAGAAAUGUAUGAUGCAACUGUGUCCGUAUUAGAACUUCUGGACGAACAUAAUAAAAAUUAUUUUAAAAAAGUGGUAAAACCAGAUGUCGAGAAGCUCAGGAAUUACAAUGACAAAAUACGGAAUAUUGACGUAUUGAAACUUGAUCCGAUGUCAGAGGAAUUCGAUGACGCAAUCAACGAAUGUGACACGCUGGUGGGAGAGGGUAAAGAUACUGUGACAUUCAUAAACAAUUUUAACGCUCUGAGAUGGUAACGAGGAACCCGAAAGUGAAUAGAAAAAUACAAAGUCGAUUUGGACCACACCAUGUUCUCAAGGUCUUUGAAACAUUCGGCAUUUACUGUUAAGAAUGAUCACCAAAAGAAUACUUGGAAUUACCAAACACGAUGUGAUUUUACAAGCUACCAUUGUCAACUGUGUGUACAGUAAGAUUAAUGACGUUAACAGUCGAUCGCAAAGGCAAUGAGCAUACCAUUGUAGUUACUGCUGCACUCGUUAUGAAAAUGAUUGAAAAUUAUUCAGAAUAGAA